UUGGGAGGCGGGCAGAUGGGGCUGAGGGGCUGGUGGGGGGCAGCGUGGGGCUUGCGGGUGGCAAGCGGCGGCUGGUGGCCGGCGGCAGCGCCCGGUGAGGCGGGGAGCGGAGCGGCGUGGGCCUCUCCGGAGGCGGCCGGCUGGGGAGCCCCUUGUCCCGGAGCGGCGGGUGCCACCAGCCGCAGGCUGUGCGCCGGAGGAGCGCCGAGCCUGUCUUACCAACAGCUCAAGGACUUGAAGAAGACCAGCGUUCUCCACAUAGACGUGCGGGAGAGAUGGGAGAUCGAUAGAUCUGGGAAAAUCCCGGCGUCUAUCAACAUACCGCUGGGUGAAUUAGUGGAAGCUCUACAAAUGGACCCAACGGAGUUCAAGGAGCGGUACAAUCAAAAGAUGCCAUCCAAGUCGGACCCUGUGGUUUUCUCCUGUUUGGCAGGAACCAGAAGUAAACAAGCACUUGGGUUUGCCAUGUCUCUGGGUUUCAGCAGAGUUCAGCAAUAUGCAGGUGGCUUUGAGGACUGGAUAAAACAUGAACCUCCAGAGACAAAAUGAAGAUAACUCCCUUACUUCAUCAAGGCUUCAGGAUGGUUUGUAGGUUUUGGCAUUCAAGCUACAUGUAUUCCACUCCCAGAAUACAGCCCACUCUUCUUUUCUUGUGUAAAUGGACACUCAACUUCAAAUAGCCAUGCACGUUAGUUGCUUAGUUUAAAUUAUAUUUAAAGACUGUGACAUGAAUAAAGAACAUUGAAUUUGUUCAACCUUUACUUUGAGCUAUGUUUUUUGGUAAAAGUAUGUCAAGAAAAGAGCUAUUAUGUUUACUAAGAUUUUUGUAUGAUGUAGUUUAUGGCUGUUUAAACUAAUGAUGAUAGAAUAAAUAAGCUUAGCCUUCCCCACAUAACUCUGUUUGGUGGUUUGUUUAGAGUAGCUGAACUGCAGAUAUUCUAAUGGAACUGGGGUAACUUCCCUAAGCAUGGAUUUAUUAUACUUCAUGUGUAGCUGGAGUUCUAAAAUUGUUAUCAAGGAGUACAUGUAGAGUACAAAUGUUUAGGUUUGUAUUUACACAACUGUAAGGCCAAAACAGCACUACUGAUCAGAAAACACAAACGGAAACUGACCUGAUGCUAGAAUAUUUGUUGUUCAAAAUGUUGAUUCCUUAUUUAGAAGUGUGUUUAAUUUUUAUAUGCAGAUCUGUUUCUGAGCACAAAAUGCUGUAGCGUUCAGUCAACAACUUCUCUCAGCAGCUCAGUAUCAAGUGAGAACUUGACUGUAUUUGAAGUUAUUAAAGAGAGGUAAUAAUUUUAGGCUGGAAAAUUUAAGGAAUCCAAGGAAGUUACUAAACCCCUGUUCUUCUUUUAUGUACAUUAAUUUGCAUGUCUUAAACUUUGAAAAACAAACCAACCUAUCCCAUCCCCACCUGUAAAUAUGCAUAGUCAUCGUUGUAAGGCUUUUUUUGUUUGCUUGGUUGUUAUUUUCAAUGCUGUUAGCAUUUCAGGGGAACUAGCAAAGGUGAACUGCUUUGCCCUGUAGAAAAUUGAAGUCCUAGCACAGAAAUUCGGGACUCUGCAGGAUGUCUGGAAGAAGGAAUUAAAAUUUCUGGUCCUGCUCUAACCAGUAUUGCAGGCACGGUACACUUACCCUAUGGCUCUUCCAUUCUGACAGUGCAGUCUGUAUGGUGAGGAGAGGACCUAAAAAAUAAACCUUCUCAAGUUUAGAGAACAGAGAAGAAAAAGUAACUAAUCUUAAUAGAAUUUUAUUUGUAGUAGAUCCAGCAGUCUCUGCAGUAAUUUGUUUCCAGACAACUAGCUGGCCCAGCCAGCUGUGUUAGCUGUGCUGCUGGACAGCGUAUCUUACAGGGAUUUCUGUUCUCUCCAGUAAUAAUUAAAGACCAUGUAAUGUA